GCCCGUCACAGUCCCACGGAGGUCCGGUCACAGGAGCACAGCUUUCUUCAGCCCAGGUAGGACCGGGAGGGGACACAGCCGUUCUGUCUGCAGCCGUAGCGCCUAUCGCCGUUCAUCGCCGAGUCCGGGUGAGAGAGAAAAUAGCAGCCGGCCAGAACCAUGUCCCAGCCAGAGUCCGCAGUUCCCAAAAAGAAGGUGUUGUUUCGGGGGCGCAGCAACGCCGCGGUGGCUAACUCCAACGCCGAGGGGGAGGACUCUCCUGAGUUUGAGCCGUUUGGGCCGAUGCCCCGUGGACUUCCUCCACUGGCAGAAUACCUGGACAUCCGGGAGGUGAACAUGGUGAACGAUAUUAACAAGAAGGAGCAUCACACCUCCCUGUUCUCCAACGCCCUGCUCAUCGUGCGCAGGGCCCAGGAGUUCCAGAUCCGGGUCACCUUCAACCGGGCCUACGAACCCGCCAAGGACCAGUUCCUGCUGGAGUUCGUCAUCGGAUCCAGCCCGCAGAUGAGCAAGGGCACCUACAUCCCCGUGUUCCCCGACCCCGAGAAGACCAGGGCCUGGAGGGGCCGGGUCCUGGACUCCAUGGACAACAUGGUCACCGUGGGGAUCACCCCGGCCCCAGACUGCAUUGUGGGAAGGUUCCGCACCUACGUGGCGGUCAUCACCCCGUUUGGAAUCCGCAGGACCCGGAGAGAUUCUAAGCGAGACGUCUACGUCCUGUUCAACCCAUGGGCGUCAGAUGACGCUGUGUUCCUGAAGGAAGAGGAAGAGAGAGGAGAGUACGUCCUGGAAGAGUCAGGAAUCCUUUACCACGGGGAGGCCAGCGACAUUUCUGCAAGGCCCUGGAAUUUUGGACAGUUUGAGUACGGAGUUCUCGAUGCCUGUCUGUAUGUCAUGGACCGAGCUCAGAUGCCCAUCGUUAACCGCGGAGAUCCCAUCAAAGUCGCCCGCAAGGCUUCCGCUGCGGUUAACUCACGGGACGACGACGGGGUGCUGGUGGGGAACUGGAGCGGGGACUACAGUUUCGGCGUCGCGCCCACGUCCUGGACCAGCAGCGUGGAGAUCCUGGUCACCUACGCCUCCAGCCGGCAGCCUGUGAACUACGGGCAGUGCUGGGUCUACGCCGCGGUCUUCAACACGUUCUUACGGUGUUUAGGGAUCCCAGCCAGGGUGGUCACCAACUUCUACUCCGCCCAUGACAACGAUGGCAACUUAAAGACUGACAUCAUCCUUGACGAGGCUGGAAAGGUGGACAGAGGUCGCACCAAGGAUUCCAUUUGGAACUAUCAUUGCUGGAACGAAUGCUACAUGACAAGGCCUGAUCUUCCCCAAGGCUUCGGGGGUUGGCAGGUAGUGGACGCAACCCCACAGGAGACCAGCGAUGGACUGUACCGAUGUGGUCCUGCAUCUGUGCAAGCCAUCAAACAUGGACAGAUCUGCUUCCCCUUCGACGCGCCUUUCAUAUAUGCCGAGGUGAACAGCGAUGUCGUUUUUUACAAGAGGGACCAGAGCGGGAACGUGGUGCCCGUCAAAGUGAACAGCACCCACGUGGGACGCAAGGUGCUGACCAAAGCGAUCGGUCGAGACCAGUAUGAUGACAUCACGAGCCAGUACAAAUUCGCCGAAGGCACGGAGGAGGAGCGCACCGUGCUGCAGAAGGCGGAGGAGUACGGGAUGGGACGGACGAAGGUGAACUACCCCGAGACGGACGUGCAGGUGGAGAUCCUGGCGCAGGAGGUGAGCGUCGGGGACAACUUCAAACUGGCCCUGGAGUUCAAGAACCUCAGCGGGGAGCAACGCACCGUCAACGCCUUCGUCAACGGCUACGUGGUCUACUACACCGGCGUCACCAGCGACGAGGUCAAGUCCAAGACCCUGACGGUCACCUUGGACCCAUGGCAGACCGAGCGGGUGUCAGUGGACGUGCAGGCCGACGACUACAUGAGCAGGCUGGUGGAGCAGUGCAACCUCCACUUCAUCGUCACCGGCCGCGUGGAGCAAGACAGCCAGAUCGUCUCCGCCAUGCGGGUCAUCACCCUGCACGUUCCCGAGCUCGUCGUCAAGGUGAUCGGUGAGCCGCGGGUGAGCGAAUUGACCCUGGUGUCCGUGGAGUUCACCAACCCGUUUCAGUUCAGCCUGGACAACGUGUACCUCCGCAUGGACGGCCCAGGACUCAUGUCUCCCAAAAUCAAGCAUUUCAGCCUGAUCUCCCCAAAAGCCUCCGAGAUAUGGUCAGACUCCUUCACUCCACGCCGAGCUGGGCCCACCAAGCUGAUGGUUACCCUGGACUGCGCCGCCCUGCGGCAGGUGUACAGCCAGGUGGUGGUCAACGUCAAACCCUAGGCGGGCGGCGUUCCCCAUCCUGCUGCCGACCUCUGGGGGGUCACGCUCACGACGGGCGGGGCGGCAUUUUAUAUUACCUCUCUUUUACUUCUCUUCUUCCCCGUCUUGUCUUUGUCCUCCUUCUUUCUAUUGCUAGAGUAGUCGUGGAAACGGUGAACGGGCCCUUUCCGUUUGUUGAAGACACAGGAGCAGUGAUGCAUCCUGAGGUGGCCAAAGAAAUGAAUGGGAGCUCUCCAUUAGAACAAUUUAAAAAUACGCUUUUUUUUUUCCAAGGGGGAUUUGAUGGCUACCACAUCAGACAAAUGGAGCAUUUGCCUCCAAAUGCCAUUUGAGCAUGUGUCUGUAGCAACGGCACCAGCAAUGAUGGAACCUCAUCCUCUAAAACACAGGUAUCAGACUCCAGUCCUGGAGGGCUGCAGUGUCUGCUGGUGUUCAGGUUGUUCCCGUGGCUCAUUUAAGUCUUUGAUUGGCAACCACAAAAACCCGCAGUCACUGCGGCCCCCUGGGAAUUCAGUUUGACACCCCUGCUCUAAAACAUUACCGGCACUGGUUUUAACAGGCAUUGUAUUUAACUUGCAUUCAAGGUUAUCCCUUCCAGAGGUCUAUGCUGCUGAAUUAUAGCUAACUGCACUAUACGUAUUUAGAUCACAACAUAAGAUCAUCAUAUUGCACAUCAUACAGUUUAAGCAUUCUAGCCACGGGCAGUUUGAAGUCAGUGGAUGCAGCUAAUGUGGAUUAGUGAGUGUGGUUAUGGGAGAUGGAGAAUGGCUAUAUUAACAUGCAACUAUAUUAGCCCAGCUUUCAUAUGUAAAAGCAAAGUCCAUUGGUUUAAGUUUCAUUUUAGCUCUGAAGGAGAGACACUGUUGGACCGUCUCAUCUCUCCUAGUCAAACGACAAGUCUCACAACACAAGUGAAAACACUGGGUCAAGUGUUACUGAAAACUAACAAAAGGCACAAAAUAUACAGAAAUUAGGUCUUUAUUUUGGUCAAUAAAUGAUUAUUUUUAGUUUUCUGCAUUAGUGUGCACGUAGAAAAGAGCAAUAUAUUUCCUAACUUUCCAAAAAAAAUCAUGUUACAGAUAAUUGUUUGUAUUGUGUGAAAAAUAACAUUAAUGGACCACUUUUCGGACAAAAACUUUGAAAAGUGUCUUGGAUGACCUGGAGAGACAGAAGCAAGCAAGACAGCCAAAGUCUGCUGAAGAACAGUAGCAAGUUCACCAACGUGUUUGCCAACCAACCGAUUUUCUUAUGAGAGAAGUGAUGCAGUUUUAAUUGGUGGUCACAACAAAUAUUGAUUUGAUUUAGUUUAUAACUGUUUACUGCUCUUUAUGUUAUUUUAAAAUAGUAAAAAAGCAUCUUCCCUUUUACAGAAUUAUUUUACAUGUGCCUAAGACUUUCGCACAGUACUGUACUUAUACAGCAAUGAAAUUGUUUUCAUUUCACACUUCCUUUCUUCUUUCCAUUAAAUAUGCUGUUGAAACCA